AGUCUCCACAGGACAGAGUUUGCAGUGUUGAGGAAUCAAACAUCUCUUCAGUGACUGCAGACAGACUCAGUGAUGCCUGUCCUGAAGAGAGAAACAGCCCAAGCCCACAGCCACUGCAAUAUGCUGCUCAAACUCCCUGUGCCGGACCUGCAGCACACACUGGACGCCUACCUAAGAUCUGUCAAACACCUUGCUUCUGAAAAGCAGUUCCAAAAAACCAAAGCUAUAGUGGAGACGUUCGGCAAACACGGAGGUGUUGGAGAAAGGCUGCAAAAACUGCUGCUAGAGAAAAGAGAAAAGACCGAAAACUGGGUGUUCGACUUCUGGCUGGAAGACAUGUAUCUGAAGAACAGACUGGCGCUUCCCGUGAACUCCAGCCCUGCGCUGGUUUUCCCCAAACAAUCCUUCAGAGACAUUAAAGAGUCUCUGUGUGUUUGUGUGUGUUUGUGCUGUAGGAAGACUAUGCUGGUGGACGUCGCUCGCGGUCAGAAGGCCGACAUGCCGCUCUGUAUGGAUCAGUACAAGCGUCUCUUCAGUGCUUACAGACGGGCCGGACUCGAGCAGGACACACUUAUCACAGCGGACAGCACGUCUGACACGGGACACGUCAUUGUGGCCUGUAAAAAUCAGUUCUUUGUGCUGAAUCUGAUGGAAGGAAGCUGUAAACUGAAUGAGGCGGAUGUUCAGGCUCAGCUGGAGUGGAUCUAUGAGCAGACGCUGAGCGCUGAGCAGAAGCAGCCGGCCGUGGGACUGCUGACCGCAGAGGACCGGACGGACUGGGCCCGAGCCAGAGACCAGCUGCUCAAAGAUCCAGUGAACAGAGAGUCUGUGGAGCUGAUGGAGCGCUGCGUGUGUGUCGUCUGUCUGGAUGAUCCCGCGGGACUCGAACCCAGCGACGCCAACAGAGCUGCCCUGGUGCUCCACGGAGGAGGACAUUAUAAAAACGGAGCAAACCGCUGGUACGACAAACCCCUGCAGUUUGUGAUUGGUGCAGAUGGUGUUUGUGGGGUCGUGUGUGAGCACUCGCCGUUCGAGGGCAUCGUUCUGGUGCAGUGCACUGAACACCUGCUGAAAAACAUACGGUCCUGUAAGCAGAGCUCCGCUCGGAGCGCGUCUGAACUUCCUCACCCGCACAGAUUACUGUGGAAGUGUUCCCCUCGGACUCAAGAUGCGCUGGCGUCUGCUGCAGAUCACCUGCACAGACUCGUGAGGAAUCUCGACAUGAAUGUUUUCACGUUUGCGGUUUAUGGGAAGGAGUUCAUCAAGCAGCAGAAGAUGAGUCCUGACGCCUUCAUACAGCUGGCUCUGCAACUGGCCUUCUACAGAUGUCACAGAAGACUCGUGUCCACCUACGAGAGCGCUUCUCUCCGCCGCUUCCGGCAGGGACGCGUGGACAACAUCCGCUCCAGCACUCCUGAGGCGCUGGCGUUCGUGAAGGCCAUGACAGACGGAGGAACAUCCACUCAGAUGGAGAAGAUGGAGAAGCUGCGAGCGGCUGUAGAUGCUCAGAGUAAAGUCACAGCUCUGGCCGUCACGGGGAUGGGGACGGACAAUCACUUACUAGGACUGCGUGACAUUGCCAAGGAGAUGAAAAUGGAGACGCCAGACAUAUUCUCUGAUGAAACGUACCACAUCAGUAACCACUUCAUGCUGUCAACCAGUCAGGUUCCCACCGCAGAGGAGAUGUUCUGCUGCUACGGUCCGGUGGUUCCUGACGGUUACGGCGUGUGUUAUAACCCUCGGCCCGCUCACGUGCUGUUCUGUGUGUCCAGCUUCAGAGAGAGUAAGGAGACUUGUUCAGGGCUGUUUGUGAAAGCGCUGGACGAGGGACUGCAGGACAUGAGGAUCCUGUGCACUAAACACACAGAUCACAGGAACACGCCAAACACACCAAAAUAA